GAGCCUUCUUCUUCUUCUUCUUCAACAGCUCCUUUCACUUUGUCUUCCAAACAGAGCUUUACCCUUCGGUUCGGUUCUUAAUUGAGGGUUUUGGUCUGAUGGCAACGACGUCGUCUUUAAAUGAGGCGGAGUUCGAGUACUUGUUUAAGCUGCUGAUGAUCGGCGACUCCGGCGUCGGCAAGAGCACCCUCCUCUUGAGUUUCACUUCCAAUACCUUUGAGGAUCUCUCUCCUACUAUCGGUGUGGAUUUUAAGGUGAAGCAUGUUACUCUUGGGGGUAAAAAGUUGAAGCUGGCAAUAUGGGAUACAGCUGGACAGGAAAGGUUUAGAACUCUUACUAGUUCCUACUACAGAGGAGCGCAAGGCAUAAUCAUGGUGUAUGAUGUAACGCGACGGGACACAUUUACAAAUUUAUCUGAUAUAUGGGCUAAAGAAAUUGACCUGUAUUCCACAAGCCCAGAUUGCAUCAAAAUGCUUGUUGGAAACAAGGUUGAUAAGGAAAGUGAAAGGGUUGUUAGCAAAAAAGAGGGGCUGGACUUUGCAAGAGAAUAUGGAUGCCUUUUUCUUGAGUGUAGUGCAAAAACACGAAUAAAUGUGGAGCAAUGCUUCGAGGAACUUGUCCUAAAGAUCUUGGAGACACCCAGUCUCCUGGCAGAGGGCUCAGCAGGUGUGAAAAGGAAUAAUAUCUUCAAACAAAAACCUCAGUCUGAAGUGUCAACAGGUGGCUGUUGCUCAUAUUGAACUCCGAGAUUCCAAUAUUUAGUUACAUUUUUUUCUCUAGCAUUUUCUUAUUUUCCGCUAAUUUAUAUGUGAUAUUAACAGUCCAACUCCAAUUGUUAUGUUCUGUGAUUUUAUCUUUAUCCCAACCAGUGUUGAUUAAUAUCUUCAGGUUUCAGAGUUCUAUGUGAAGUUUGUACUAUUCUUUUCC